AUGGCAAGCCCAGCGCCAUCGCUCUGGGGGCAGGGGCAGCUGACACUGCCCUCGGCCGCCUCACAUCGUACGGCCUCGGCGAAGGCGCACCCGCGAUCAAGCGCCCGCUCGACACGGGGCUCAUCAACGACUGGCAGCGCCCGAACAAGCAGGGCCGCCACACCCCGGGCAUCGACAACGGUGUGCCGAGAGAUCCAGGUCACCGACAACGCAAGACUGAUCGCCAUGGCAGCAUCAACACUGAGCAAGUUCUUCCCCAACCAGUCGGACGUGCUCGACGCGCUCGCUGACGCAGGCGUGGAAGCCGCAAUCACCACUGUCGGGGGCGAUUUCCUCAAGGAGUGCAUCCCCAUCAACCCCGGCCCGAGAUGCAGGACCUGGCGCCUUGUUGCCGCCAACUCCGGGGCGAAGUCCUUCAUGAUGCGCCGCUUCCAGCAGCUGAAUUUGAAGCUCCUCGAAGCGGGUCUCGAGGCCUCUGACUGGGGCUGGGGCACCAACAAGAAGUUCUGAGAUAAUUUUCCCUAGCCCAUCUAUAUGGUAAGCUUGUCUUGGUGGCCAGAUGGUUAUGCUUGAGGAUAGUCUUUGAUAUUUCACAUUGAAUAAUACGUUGUCAGCAAAUUGACGUUGCCUCGACGAUUUGUAUACUAGCCGACUGACACACGGCACAAGUAGAUCACGGACUGACACAGCGUGGUCAGAAACAAACAAAAAGAACCGCCAUUCGCUAUAUAUUCACAAUCACCCGUCCCGC